CACAACGAUUGACUAAAUUUUCACACAACGUGACCAGUCUGCUGCUUUGCCUCUUCUCCGUUCAGAACUUUCUGUCAUAGUAAAUUUCCGUGUUUUGGUGAGUUGAAUCUGAGCGAAUAAACAGUGCGCCCUCGCAGAGGAGUGUAUGGAGACGGAAGUAGAGGAGGGGAGAGCGUACGAGAAGGAGGGGAAUGAGGCAGGAGCGAGUUGGUGGACAGGAGGAAAACAUUAGCUCUCAAUCCUUCACGUAGUUGGGAUACUUUUCACUGUCGAAGAGGCAGGGAAGCCACAGCUCAGACUGCACCUCCACCAAGCCAGGACGCACGAUCGGUAUGAUGGGCAGAUAGCAGGAGGAGGAAGAAGAGGAAAAGAAGAUGUCAUUCUUUGGGCUGGACUGUGUCAGGAAGAAAGAGAGGGAGCUGGAAAGGAAAAUCAGAGCAAACGACCGCGAGUACAAUCUCUCCUUUAAAUAUGCGACAAAUGCCAUCAAAACCUCCAAGUACAACUUCUUCACCUUCCUACCUCUCAACUUGUUUGAGCAGUUCCAGAGGAUUGCUAACGCUUACUUCCUGUUCCUGCUGGUGCUCCAGGUGAUUCCUCAGAUUUCCUCGCUGUCCUGGUUCACCACUGUCGUCCCCCUGAUCCUCGUGCUGACGGUCACCGCUGCCAAGGAUGCAACUGAUGAUAUUAAUCGCCACAGGAGCGACAAUCGAGUUAACAACCGAAAAGUCCAAGUCCUUAUUGAUAGAAAGCUACGGAGUGAGAAAUGGAUGAAUGUCCAAGUGGGAGACAUCAUCAAACUAGAAAACAACCAGUUUGUUACAGCAGACCUCUUGUUGCUCUCCAGCAGUGAACCACUCAACCUUGUGUACAUUGAGACUGCAGAACUCGAUGGAGAAACUAACCUGAAGGUGAGACAGGCCCUCCCAGUGACGGGAGACCUGGGGGAUGAUAUUGAAAAACUGGCAGAUUUUAACGGUGAGGUCCGCUGUGAACCCCCCAACAACCGCCUCGACCGCUUCACAGGAGUGCUGAGCUUCGCAGGUCAGAAAUAUUCACUUGACAAUGAGAAAAUCCUACUGCGAGGCUGCACCCUGAGGAACACUGAGUGGUGCUUUGGACUGGUGCUAUUUGGAGGUCCAGAAACAAAGCUGAUGCAAAACUGUGGGAAGAGCACGUUCAAGAGGACCAGUAUAGACCGUCUAAUGAAUAUCUUAGUCCUCUUUAUUUUUGGUUUCCUAGCCUUCAUGUGCUCUGUCCUGGCGAUAGGAAACUACAUCUGGGAAAGAAAUGAGGGCUCACAGUUUACUGUCUUCCUGCCAAGGCUGGAGGAUGAUCCUGCUUUCUCAUCCUUCCUCACAUUCUGGUCCUACGUCAUCAUCCUCAACACCGUGGUGCCCAUCUCUCUCUAUGUGAGUGUGGAGAUCAUUCGUCUGGGGAACAGCUUCUACAUCGACUGGGACAGGAAAAUGUACUAUGCCCGCAAUGACACCCCUGCUGAGGCUCGUACCACCACUCUGAACGAAGAGCUCGGCCAAAUCAAAUACGUCUUCAGUGACAAAACUGGAACACUCACCCAGAAUAUCAUGAUCUUCAACAAGUGCACUAUUAAUGGCAAAUGCUAUGGAGAUGUUUAUGACUACACAGGCCAAAGACUAGAAAUGAAUGAGUAUACAGACACAGUAGACUUCUCCUUCAAUCCGUUAGCCGACUCUCGGUUCGUCUUCCACGACCAUUCUCUGGUGGAGGCGGUGAAGCUGGAGAACACGGAGGUCCACGCCUUCUUCAGGCUGCUGGCUCUCUGCCACACUGUCAUGGCCGAGGAGAAGAAAGAAGGAGAGCUUUUCUACCAGGCCCAGUCGCCAGAUGAGGGGGCUCUGGUGACCGCAGCCAGAAACUUUGGAUUUGUCUUCCGCUCACGAACACCAGACAGUAUUUCCAUCGUGGAAAUGGGAAAGCAGUGCAACUAUGAACUCCUGGCCAUCCUGGAUUUCAACAAUGUCCGCAAGAGGAUGUCAGUCAUAGUGAGGAGUCCAGAGGGCAAGCUGUCUCUUUACUGCAAAGGUGCAGACACAAUCAUCUACGAAAGGCUGCACCAGUCCUGCAGCAAGCUGAUGGAUGUCACGACAGAGCAUCUUAAUGAAUUUGCAGGGGAUGGGCUGCGAACUCUUGCUCUUGCUUACAAGGAUCUGGAUGAGGAGUACUUUAACCAGUGGAUACAGCGCCACCAUGAGGCCAACACUGCACUGGAGGAUAGAGAGGGCAAACUGGACCAGUUGUAUGAGGAGAUAGAGAAGGAUCUCCUGCUGCUUGGAGCAACAGCCAUAGAGGACAAGUUGCAAGAUGGAGUACCUCAGACUAUCGAGCAGCUGUCUAAGGCCGACAUCAAAAUCUGGGUUUUGACCGGUGACAAGCAAGAAACCGCAGAGAACAUUGGUUACUCGUGCAACUUGCUACGGGAAGAGAUGAAUGAUGUCUUCAUCAUCUCGGGCAACUCACUUGAGGAUGUCCAGCAGGAACUGAGAAAUGCCCGAACCUCCAUGAAGCCAGAUGCAGCUGAGAAUUCAGAGUUUUUACCCGAAAUGGAUAAAGGUGUGAAAGUGGUCACAGAUGAGGUGGUGAAUGGGGAGUACGGCCUGGUCAUCAAUGGACAUAGUUUGGCAUACGCUUUGGAGCACAGCCUGGAGCUGGAGUUCCUAAGGACGGCAUGCAUGUGCAAAGCAGUGAUCUGCUGCAGGGUGACUCCUCUGCAGAAGGCUCAGGUGGUCGAGCUGGUCAAGAAGUACAAGAAGGCAGUCACACUGGCAAUUGGGGAUGGAGCCAAUGAUGUCAGCAUGAUCAAAGCGGCUCAUAUAGGUGUGGGCAUCUCAGGCCAGGAGGGCAUGCAGGCUGUGCUGUCCAGCGAUUACUCCUUUGCCCAGUUCCGUUUCCUGCAGCGCCUCCUGCUGGUGCACGGCCGUUGGUCCUACCUGCGCAUGUGCAAGUUCUUGCGCUACUUCUUCUACAAAAACUUCACCUUCACCUUCGUCCAUUUCUGGUUUGCCUUCUUCUGUGGUUUCUCUGCGCAGACUGUGUAUGAUGAGUGGUUUAUAACGCUCUACAAUCUGAUGUACACAGCACUACCUGUACUGGGAAUGAGUCUAUUUGAUCAGGAUGUGAAUGAUGUGUGGAGUUUCCAGCAUCCUCAGCUCUAUGUUCCAGGUCAACUCAACCUGUACUUCAGCAAGAAGUCCUUCUUCAAAUGUGCCCUCCACAGCUGCUACAGCUCCUUGGUGCUCUUUUUUAUCCCCUAUGCUGCUAUGUAUGACACAGUGAGGGAUGAUGGGAAGGACAUCGCCGACUACCAGUCCUUCGCCCUCCUCACUCAGACAUGUCUGCUGUUUGCCGUCAGCAUCCAGCUGGGGUUUGAGAUGUCCUACUGGACGGCAGUUAACACGUUCUUCGUGUUGGGAAGCCUGGCGAUGUACUUUGCUGUCACAUUCACCAUGUACAGUAACGGCAUGUUCACCAUAUUGCCAUCAGCCUUCCCUUUCAUAGGAACAGCACGAAACUCCCUGAACCAGCCCAACGUUUGGCUGACAAUCUUCCUCACUUCCAUCCUGUGUGUCCUUCCCGUCAUUACCAACCGUUUCCUGAUGAUUCAGCUCUGCCCCACCAUCAAUGAUAAGGUUAUGUUCAAAGUGAGGCAGGCGAAAGCAACACCUGCUCCACCAACUCGACGUGCCCGCAUCCGUCGCACCAGCUCCCGCCGUUCGGGCUACGCCUUCUCGCACGCACAGGGCUAUGGGGACCUGGUGACAUCAGGUCGGUUCCUGCGGCGUCCUGCCCUGACACGAUCUUCUGGUUUCACCCACGCAGGCCGCACCACUACUAGCUUCAGUCCAAUGGGACGAUCGGCCGGUUACAGCCCAACGGGACGUCCUCAGAAUAACAAGGUCCCAGACGUGGAGGUGACUUCCCUGCAGAUGUAUAGGACAAUCACAGAUUCUGCUCCCUGAUGAACAGCACAUUUAGGAUUCUUUGGAGAAAUUUGGGAGCAAAUAAUUAACUACUGACUGUAGAUCUACAUGAUGUUGGCAGCCAGAAGUGUUCAAAGGUCCUAUUUGUUGCAAUGAAGAGCUUGCUUGGGCUUUCCAGAGAAGUUCAUGUCAAAGAUUUUUCAUACCUACACAGAAGACGAGGUUUGAAGAGUACAUGACUUUAGCUCCUUACAUUUUUCUCUGAAAUGGUGUCAUCAAAGGGAACUACAGCAACAAAUGUAGCCACUUAUGAUGGGUAUAUGAAUCGUCUUCUUAAGAUGCCAGCGGAUGAGAGGGUGAUUAAUGAAAGCUUUCUGUCAAUAUAGAUAACAACCGGGUGCUUUGUCUUCAAAUAGGAAAGGAAACAAUAUGUCAUCAUGUUUACAGGCUACCCAGUCCACCUGGGAGUCCAGCUGGAAAGCAGUGUUUGCAGAGGAAAUAACGAGCAAAGCCAUGUUGCACAAGAUAUUGACUUUUUAAAAUCUUUUUAAAGCAUUUUAUUUUCUUAAUUUGAAAGCUGUACAAGCGGUCAGCACUUUGGCUGUGUCACAGUGGCAGUGGGGAAUAACCAAACAUAUCAUAAACUGCUUCUUCUAAUACAAUACCAUAUUAAGGGCCCAGGGGUGGAGCGGGGUGUAAUACUCAGAGAAGAAAACUCAUAAAUUUACAAGAGAAAUGUCGAGGAAUCGCAUCACUUAAAUUUAAGGUUUGGUAAAACCAAAAAGUCACAGAAAGUAGAUUUUGGUAUGUUGAUAGAGUCAGUUGAGACUUAUUUAAACACUGUUAUUGAUCCAAAAAUGAAUUAAAACAUUUCAAUGGAGAGAAAUAUCGUUGGCGUUGUAGCAACAUUUGUACAAAAUUUAAAUUUGUGAGGUCUCUGCCCCAUAAUGAGUUUAUUUAUUUUAUUAAAGUUGAGCGCCCUGAAUACCCAGAGGUGGGUAGAGUAGCCAAACAUUGUACUCAAGUAAUAGUAGCACUACCUCAACAUAGUUUUACUCAAGUAAAAGUAAAAAGUAGCUAUCCAAGAAAUUACUCAAGUAAGAGUAAAAAAGUAUUUAGUGAAAAUGGCUACUUGAGUGCUGAGUAACUGAUAAUAACAUCUGAUUUAAUGUUUAAAAAUGAGCCAAUCAGACAGACAAAAAUAUAAAGUUUAAUACUGAAAAGCAAAAUAAAAAUACUACAUAUUAAAAAAAAAAAACAUAAUUACAAAAUAAUAAAUCUAAUCUUUUCAAAAUCAUUAUGAAACUAAUAUUUAGAGAAGGUAAUAUAAAUGUUGCUAGAAUUGGGUAAAGUACUUCCAGUAACAAUACAUGGUGAUACUUUACUUCUCCAAAUGGCACAACAGGCUUAGCAGAUAGAAUAACAUUAAAACAACAAACCUUAUGUACAAACAAGAAGUCUCACUUUGACAUAAACUGUAGGUCUGUGUCUGUGUCUCGUGCAUUUUUGGUUAUUAUUUUGUUUAUUAUUGUUUAUUAUUCAUUAAAUGAAGUUACUCACACUGAGUAGAGUAGCAAGAAUUUUUUCCUCAAGUAAUAGUAACAAGACUUCAUAAUAUUAUUACUCGAGUAAAAGUAAAAAGUACAGUGUAGAAAAACUCCUUGAAAGCAUUUUUUUCCUCCAAAACGUUACUCAAGUAAAUGUAACUGAGUAAAUGUAAUUAGUUACUACCCACCACUGUGAAUACCCCAUAAUACACCAAAAUAAAAAGCAAUAAUAAUGUUUAUAUGGCCAUAAUAUUCCAGGUUUACACUUUGUGGUUUGUUUGUUUUUAUUUGUGUUUAUUGUUUUCUUGUGUGCUGAAAGCAUUUCACCAAACUUGCCAAAUUUGGGAAAACUUGGCAAAAAAUAUCUUUUUUUUUUUAUUUACAUCCAAACUGUUUAGAUAUUUAAAUAAUAAAAUAAAUCCUGGAGUAUAAUGAGGUAUACUCUUUGCUUCAAGUAAGUUAUUGCUUACCUAAAACAAAUUAUUAGUAAAGGUCAAUUUCUUAUGAAGCCCCACAGCCCAUUUUUGAUUUCUGCCACAUUUGAUUGAUAUUAAACACCUGUUCAAUGAUCCCAGUCUGCUGCUUUUAAGGAUAAAUUGCAAAAUAAAUGUGAGGAACUCACGAGAUAAUUGAAGAGAUAUGUGAAAAGUACAUACACAUAUUUUGGACAUUGUAUCAGUAUUCAUCAGCGUGUAAACAGAAUUAACGAGAAGAUAUGACUCCUUGGUUGAAUGACUCCAAACAUUCCCAGCUUGGUGACAAAUGUGGGAAUGGUGUUCAAGGCUUUUACGUCAAUAUCUUAUAAAUCAAAAUCAACCCAAACUUUAUCUCAUUAUAAGAGAGUGGACCAAAAAUAACUUUUGCAGUUAUACAUUAACAAACCCUUUCAUGUUUAUGUGGCUGUGCUGUAGUCAUCAAAUGGUGCAACAUGUGGAGCACAGUGGUAAUGUAAAUAAGUUAAAGGGCAUAUCCUACUUGAACAGCACGGGGAUACCAACCCAAAGGUUUCCGGUCUACCGGCUUAUUAUUUUUUACCAAAAAUUAAAGGACAGAUUGUUCUUUAUGUUUCCAAAAAGUGAUCUUCAAUUUUCUGCAGUGCAACUUUAUAUUCCUUCCUUUUGAUUUACGUUUUGGUUACAGCAGCUGAUGCAUCCAGAUGCUGUCUGGAGCUUGUUUCUAACAGACUGAAUUGAGUUCCGGCAUCCCGGUGUGUCUGAAACACACCUUCUGUGGCAGAUUGUGCUUCCUCACUAAUGUCCGAUUUUCCUCUGCCAUUAAACUAGCAAAACCAAAAGGGGAACCUGUUCCUCAUCGAACAAGAAAGUGGACUCUGAUGGCUGUAUAGAACCUAAUCCAAGUAAGACAUGCUGUAGAAACUUGAUAACAUCUACCUGUGUUUGGGAGGUUUAUCACAAUGUACACACACUACAGAGUUGAUUAAGAAAUCCUUUAAUCCGUUCAGGGACACAUUUGGCUUCACAUUUGUCUUCAUGCCACUGAGCACCUGUUUUGUUUUUUGUCUUUUUCGUGCAUUAAAACCUGCAGUGAGUGCGAACAGGGUUUAAAAACACUGCUCAGAUCAUUCCUAUGGACUGUGCUGUAUAAAUAAUAAUAUUUAUACCUCAUUGUAUUUAUCAGAUCGCGUGCUUGGUAAUCACUUUCAUUUGAAUUUCAUGUAUUUGCUUUAAGUUGUAAUGUAUGUCUGCAUUUGUCUUUAUCACCAUCUCUUUCUUCAAGUGUUGUAUCAGCCUGCUAAAAAUUGGAGCAAAAGAAAACACACAUGCUGCCUUAUUAUUCAGAUAAAAUGAUAUUUUCUUACUUUUCUUAUUUUAUGCAACUAAGAAUGUUUGAUCAAAGAUAAAGCUGUUAAAAAAACCAAAUCAAAGCUGAUUGCAGAUGUUUUAAGUUCAAAAAGGAAAAAUGUUAUUUUAUACAGUGAUUUUUGAUUAUUUGUUAUAUUAAUGAUCACUGAAAGCUUAAACAGUGGUCCAAAACUGGUUUGGUAUUUGUAAAUUAAUGAUGUUUAAUGUCCAAUUUCCCCUUUUUGCUCCUUGUCUGGUUGUGAAUGUUGACUCUGUAAAAUUUAACCCCCAACGAUACUUUUUAAAGGCUUCAUACAUUGUGACUUUAGAAUAAACUACAAAGUCACACAGAAAUUAAUGCUGGAAGUGAGUGUGGUGAAACUGGUUUAUAUCACAGUUAUUAUUUACAUUAUUUACAGCACAGGCAUUCUUUAUAGAAACAGUUCAGAGUUGGUAUAAAUGGAAAAAACAUUUUCUGUUGUUUUGGAAAAUGAUACUGCAAUUGACCUUUAGCCCAAAGUCAAAAUCAACAGAGCAAGUCGAGCUUUGAGUCAGAUGUUUCUAAUUUCAUUACAUUAGAUCCAACUUCCCAUUUUUUCUGACAGCUAGUAAAUAAAUAAAAUGCAAAUCCUCCAGAGCUCUUAGAUGCUUGUGCACGUGUCACAAGCAUGGCUUUUUAUUUUGGACAGCAUCUUUAAUUAGGAAGAGGGAAGAAUCUUGUUUAAAUAAACAGUUAAACAUAAUUUAACAGAGUUUUGUCUGUUUUAUUGAUCCAUAAUAAAUUAAUUAAGGGUAGUCGCAGUCCAAAACACCUUUUCCAAGUGGUAUAUUAAAAAAAAUAAAUGGUAGCCAUACAUAUAAAUUCCAGCAUUUAUAAGUUUAUUUUUAUUAUUACUGCAUCUGCUGCCUUGAGUGUAACAUAAGGGAUUUUUGACAAUUGUUUCUCAGACAUGACAAAAAUCAACUUAGCACUGCUCUUUCUGAUAUCUCCUUCAUGUUGUUUUGUACCUUAAAACGUUUUUACUGCAAUAAAAAGAUUUGAAAGAUCAACAUA